GUUACCGUGGUGGCUCCUGCAGCAAGCUGGGAAGAGUACAAUGCAUCAGAAUUGGUGGAUUCAGAUCUUGCAGGUUUUCACGAGCAGGUUUCUGUGCUGUAUGCUGGAUGGUACCAAAUAUGUGAACUCCCUGGUGCUAACGAUGCUGCUUCUGCUCAUUAUGUUUUUACACUUACAACAGAGAGGCCUGCUAAAAGGAGAUGAAACUUCAGAUCAUUUUUUCCGCCGUAUAAUGGAACUUUCGCUAUCGCAUUGUUUAUCAUAUGAGGCGAUAAAUUCUAGCCCUUCCCAGUCACAUCAGGGACAGCCACUCUCGUUCCUAGCUAUUGAUAUAUAUGCGAA